AGUCCGCUCUAUCCCUCGCGGCUUUGUCGUUUGGGAGGAUAGAGAGGUGCUCUUUGAAGGAGCGGAGACGAGGCAAGGCGAGCGGAAGCGGUGCGGCUAGAGAGGUCCCGCUGCUUCUGCGCGGCGGUCUAGGCGGCAUCCUGUACCCGCGGCUUAUUCCCCCCUCCCCAUUCUUCCAGUGGGAGGACUGACGGCAGCUGGGACGAGCGGCGGAGGGGGAGGGGAGACAAGAUGGCGGAGGCCUCGGCGGCUGCGGCGGCCACCGUCUCUCAGCAUCGCUUCUUCUGCCACAGCUGCAAGGGGGAGGUUAGCCCCAAGCUGCCGGAAUACACUUGUCCCAGAUGUGAAUCUGGAUUUAUUGAAGAAGUGACAGAUGAUUCCAGUCUUCUAGAAGGAGGUGGAGGUGGAAUAGACGACAGCCCUUCUUCCCAGUUUGCAGAUUUUUGGGACCAGCUGGAUCACUCGAUGAUCUUCCCAGACUUCCGGCCGCUCCUGAGCAGCUCACCUGAACAAGACGGCCGGGACAAUGAAAGGGGCCACCAAGCUCAUGCGGACCUUUGGGGACCAAGCAGACCUCCGCGGCUGCCCAUGACGCGGAGGUACCGAUCUCGAGGCAGUACGCGGCCUGACAGGUCACCGGCUAUCGAAGGAAUAAUACAACAGAUCUUUGCAGGCUUCUUUGCGAAUUCAGCCAUUCCGGGCUCCCCUCAUCCUUUUUCCUGGGGUGGCAUGUUGCACUCGAAUCCCGGAGACUAUGCUUGGGGUCAGAGCGGCCUUGACGCAAUCGUAACACAGCUCUUGGGGCAGCUGGAAAACACGGGACCUCCCCCAGCAGACAAAGAGAAGAUUUCUUCUCUCCCGACAGUGACCGUCACUCAGGAACAAGUCGAUACAGGCCUGGAGUGCCCCGUGUGUAAAGAAGACUACACUGUAGCAGAACAGGUCCGGCAACUCCCGUGCAAUCACUACUUCCACAGCAGCUGCAUCGUGCCCUGGUUAGAACUGCACGACACGUGUCCCGUGUGCCGGAAGAGCUUGAACGGCGAGGAUUCCACCCGGCAAGCACCAAACUCCGAGGCGGCGGCAAGCAAUUCCUUUAGCAGCGCAAGCCACUUACACGACCGAUGGACUUUCUGAAGCCCCCAGCUUCAGGGGGGGGGGAAGGGGGGGAGGUUCAGGCCUGUAGUAUCCUUACUACAGUUGUAAAAUUGUAUGAUAAUUAAAAGUACAAAGCCGAGUAGGAAGAAGAAAAGGAGAGAGAACUGGCACGAGCCCAGUGGAACCUCAGCCCACCCGGUCACCGAGAAAAGGCUAGCCUCGUUAGCCGGGUCGCGACGGCAUCCAAGCGCCCUUUUUCCAUGUUUAAUUUCCAGGCUUUGAGUGAUGAAUUGUAGAGCUUGGGGCAGGAGGUGCUGUAAGAAAGCCCUGUGAGCAGGGAGGCCUCUGUCAGUAAUCGACCCACUGGUUUAAGUAGGGUGUGUGGUUCCACACACCCCCACCCUCCUGAGAAGAGUGUACAUAUUCAGUGCUAGGAAGGAGCCAGCCAGAGGUUUGCAGGGGCGUCGUUUUUGGGGACGAGGAGCCGAGAGCGUCUGUAACCUUUCCAUUGUCUCUCCAGAUAGAAUAUAUUAACCCCAGUUCAUCCUGCUUUCCCACGAUUCUGGGCGCUCAAACAUAUUUUGGCUGAGGUUUUUUUUAGACAUGGCCGGGAUUGAAGAGCAUACCUGGGGUUUGGUUUGUGAUUAGGUUUUCCUGGAAUGGGCAAGAACCAUCAAGGUUGGAAGGGAGAGAGAGGGAGAGGGAGGGGAGGGAAACCCCUCAAUUCCAUGAAAGCAGGUAUGCAAGUACAUUUCUGUAACAGCAUUUUAUUUUCUCUCCCGUUCUUGUCUACAGCUCAGUUGUUCUUGGGUUUGUCAGAACCAGGAUUUAGAUCCAACUGCCACUUAAAACCCUUGCAUUCUUUUUGGCUGCCUUGUUAGCUGAUGGACCAUGUUUAACUUAUGCGCCACUUCGAAGACUUUAAACUCUGUGUCUUGUUGGCAGUUCUUCGAUAUUUAAUAUGAAAACGCCAUCCGUAGAGAACCGCUGCUUUCUUCCCUCUGUUGUUGUUUUUAAGUGUGUUUGGAACAUGUCUUUCAUCUGCGUUUUUUUUUCCUCCUUUGUUUUUAAUCCUCUGAAUCAUGUCUGAACUCAGAACACCUGCUGCACAUGGGCCCAAAAAGCGCCUUUCUGUUCAGGAACCAGAAGGAUGUCUGGCUUAGAUGGUAGGGGGAAGGGCUGGGAGGGGUAGAGACAGAGAGGAGGAUGGCAAGAGUCCGGUCUCGGGAAAAGGAAGAACGAAGCAAGGGAUACCCUGUUGCCACUUCAUUGCUGUAACGGUGUACCAGGUACACUCGAUCUCAAAAACUUAACGUCUUUUGUUUGCUAUCAAAAGUUGAAUAAAAGUCUUUAUAAAGAA